CAUGCUACAACUCUUGCUAAGCAUUUGCGAUUUAUUUUUCAUAGACACAACCGUUAGCGGUAUUAAGAAAGCCGCAAACAUGAAAUUAAUUAUGUUUUUGACGUUUUUCUGCCUGUUGGUCCUUGCUGCCCAUUUUUCGGCAGCAUUGGAAGCGGCAGUAUCCUGCUACCAUUGCGACAGUCAUGCCGGCAUGGCGUGCGGACUGACUGCCGACUGGAGAUUGUCCGAUCUGGAGAAACGUGUCAAGCCGUGUCCGGACGGUUUCUGCUACACAUACGAAAGUAGUGAAGUAUUUGCCGGGAAACAGUUUAAUGUCAAGCGCGGUUGUGGUCGGCUGCCGUGUGACGAUCUACCUUACAAAGGAAACGUUUCCGCACUGUGUGACGAAGACAAGGAGGGCAAUCGGAAAGACAAAAAUCUUCCUUCUGGUCCGCCGUUUAACCAGCUGUACACCUUCACCGCCGAGGCGCUGACGCAGACCGGUCGACUGCAGUACUGCGAUACCGACCGCUGCAACAAAGAACCCACCCAUUUCGCUCUGGAAACGGAAUUGGCCCAUGAGGAACCGCCCUAUUACUGCAUCACCUGCAAAGGUCCGGUCAACGGCUCGUGCGGUCUCUUAGGCGCCGGAGAGGGCUCGAUCCCGUCCGAUGCUUAUCGGUGCCAUCCCGGCCACUGCUUUACAUACGUUUGGGCGGAAGACGAUGGUACCAUGCCGACGGUCUGGCGCGGUUGUGGACCGGUGGCCUGCAAGGAUAUUCCCGGCGCUCUCGGCUCCGUUCGCCUGUGCGAUAGCGCGGAUAAACUGGAGCAGGUCGACACCAGCAACGGCGCCUCGUAUACCAAGGUUCGCUCAUUUUCCGCGCCGGGCCCCAAUGGAAAUGUACGCGCCGGCACGGUGCAGUACUGCAAAACCGGCACGAAAUGCAAUCGGCAGUCCGUCAGAAAUUUCCGUCUGAAACGCUUUUACCCCGGACAAUCGCCGACGGUUCAACAAGUGGUGGACAAUCUUCAACAAGCGCCGAAAAAUGUUCGCGUGUCUCCACCGACGAACGAACGAGUUGCACAGGUCUUCCGCAAUAUGGAUGCCAAUGGCGACGGCAAACUGGACGAAACGGAGUUCAAAAACGGUCAACAUUUGUUGUGAAUAUUUGAUUUGGCAGUCAACAGCCCGUUCACUUAACAAGAAGGCUGCCGUAGGAAAUUAAAAUGAUUCAGUACUUUUCCAAAACUUUUCGCUUAUUUUUUUGCUAAUGUGAUGGAACAGCUAGCGAAAAAUAUCCCACAAAAGUGUCUCAAUCGACAAAUAGGCCAUGGUAAUUGGUACUCAGUGAUGCCCUUAUAAAGCAGAAAUCGUGAA